GGACUCAACUGUCACCAAGAACUGAGAGGAACAGCAGCAGCAGAAGGAGAAGGAGGAGGAGAGGUCCCAGUCAGGGCACGCUGACACUACAGGAGUAGAAGGAGGCGAACAACUGUGGGAAGCUGACAUAAAGGCAUUUUUAUUUCCUAAAAUCUCUACAAACCACAGGAGACGGACGGAGACAUGUCCCAGCAGCGGGAGAACGCGGUGUCGCACCGGGACAAGGUGCUGACCCUGGACAACAUGAACCCUUUCGUAAAGCGUGUUGAAUACGCGGUGCGGGGCCCCAUAUACCUGCGAGCUGUGGAGAUAGAGAAGGAGCUGAAAGAGGGAGUCAAGAAACCAUUCACGGAAGUCAUCAAGGCUAAUAUAGGCGACGCCCAUGCCAUGGGGCAGCAACCAAUCACAUUUUUCAGACAGGUUCUGGCUAUUUGUUCCUACCCUGAACUCUUGGAGGACAACAGUUUUCCAGAUGACGUCAAGCAAAGAGCGAAACGCAUUCUCAAUGCCUGUGGUGGCCACAGUAUAGGGGCCUACAGUGCCAGUCUGGGGAUUGAGUGCAUCCGUCAGGAUGUGGCACGCUACAUUGAGAGCAGAGAUGGUGGGAUCCCAUCCGACCCAGACAACAUCUUCCUUAGCGCCGGGGCCAGCGAUGCCAUCGUGACCGUGCUGAAGUUACUGAUGUAUGGAGAGGGCCGCAGCCGUACGGGAGUGAUGAUUCCCAUCCCCCAGUAUCCUCUGUAUUCAGCAGCACUGUCUGAACUGGGUGGUGUUCAAAUCCAGUAUUACCUAAAUGAGGACAAUUGUUGGGCCAUGGACAUUACAGAACUUAAAAGAGCUCUGUAUGCAGCCAGGGAACAUUGCAAUCCACGUGUCCUUUGCAUCAUCAAUCCAGGAAACCCCACUGGUCAGGUCCAGACCAGACAGUGCAUUGAAGAUGUGAUCAAAUUUGCGAAAGAGGAGCGUCUCUUCCUUUUGGCUGAUGAAGUGUACCAGGGUAACAUUUACUCAGAGGGCAGUGAAUUUCACUCCUUUAAGAAGGUGCUGUUUGAGUUGGGACCAGAAUACUCUAACACAGUGGAGCUGGCCUCCUUCCACUCCACCUCUAAGUGCUACAUGGGAGAGUGUGGAUUCCGUGGAGGAUACAUGGAAGUUCUAAACCUGGACCCCGGGGUGAAAGUUCAACUUCAGAAGCUGGUCUCAGUUCGUCUUUGUCCCCCUGUCCCAGGGCAGGCUCUCCUGGAGACAGUUGUCAACUCACCACGGCCUGAAGAGCCCUCCUAUCCUACGUUCAUAAAGGAGAAGACAGCGGUGUUGGCAGCAUUAGCAGAAAAAGCCAGGUUAACAGAACAGACCUUUAACACAGUACCUGGCAUUGUGUGUAAUCCAGUCCAAGGGGCCAUGUACACUUUCCCCCGCAUCACUCUACCUCAGAAGGCCAUAGACAAGGCUAAGGAAAGUGGUCACCAACCAGACAUGUACUAUUGUUUGAGGCUUCUGGAUGAAGAGGGCAUCUGUCUGGUACCAGGUAGUGGGUUUGGGCAAAAGGAGGGAACCUUCCACUUCAGAAUGACCAUCUUACCUCCCACUGAGAAACUGAAGCUCAUGCUGGAGAGGAUCAGUCAGUUCCAUCAGCGCUUUACACAGGAGUUUUCCUAACAACACACUGUCUUCCCAACCCAAUCAAUUUACCCCUGGAUCUUCAAUUGCCUUGAAAUCUGUUUCAUUAUAGGAAAAAAACAUCUUUUGAACUAGUGAAAACAUGUACAUGUCAUAAUUCUCUUUGUAACAUGUAGAAGAUAAAAUACUGCUUUGUCUAGUUUUGUUUCAUUGCAUCCUACACUUGAUGCACUUUUAUCUGUUAUGAUGCUAACCUAAUCAGAUUAGGUGAUAAAUGACACAUGGAGCCGUACAGCUUCAUCUGUUCUGUAACACACAGGUCUUAAACUAUGCAGCAGGUCAAGUUUUAAUGGAGCCACGGUAAGGCCAGUGAAUCAGUCACUGCACUUGGAUAAAGUCCCUGUCCAGUGUGAGCACUCUGCCCACAGUAGUUUUUUUUUUUGUAAACACAUUUUCAUUUAGUUGAAUUGUAUGUGCUACAGCUGUGUUGUCAUCUUCUGUCCAGGCUUGACACUCAUAUUAGUCUCCAGGUAAUUUUGACUUUGUGAAAAAGAGACUACAGGAAGCCAGAGGUGAGCAUUAUUACCCAUCUUUCAAUUUGUUUCUAUUGGCCACAUCUGGAGCACUCUUGUCACUGGUGUCACCCUGUAGAUGGGAGAGGAAAGGUAAACCUCUAAGAUUUGUAAGUCACGUCACAAAGUUGGUGCUGAUUGUCUUUAAUAAGGUGUCACUUUCAUUUGUGGGGCUGAUGGGACCUGGAUUUCUACCGCUGAUCAUACAGAUAAUGUAUGUUUAAUGUGUAGUCCGAGUUACUGGAGAAGGAGGUGGUGAAGCUGUGUAACCUCAAAGGACGUAGCAAAUAUUAUAUUAAAGUAAUGAAUUACCUUAAA